CUCCUCCUGCCAGGCGCGCGCUCGCUCAUUUGGCUCGGAGCCGGCCAGCUGAGAGGUUGUGUCUUUCUGUAUCAGUCAGAAGGAAGGAAACUGAAUGUAAGAAAGGGAAAAGGGAGUGAUGCCGGGUUUGCGAAGAAGGAGGAAGAGGGAAGAAGAAGUUCACACCGUGUGAGAAGGGAAAUAAACCAGGCUCUGCCCGCAAAAGAAAGACUCCAUGAGGAGCAGUGCCAGGGCCUCGCAGCCUCGGUAGCAGCGGCGAAAUGUGGCUGAGCGGCCGGUGGGCGCUGCUGAGGAUGGGCCACUCCUUCUUCGCCUCGGCCCCGCGCCUCCAUCCCCGCAGGAGUCGGAGUAGCAGCUGCUGCUGCUGCCUGGGCAAAAGACUGUGGCCUCAGCCUUUGGCGGCUUCUCCUCCUUCUUCGUGGGGCUGCUGCUUCUCCUCCUCCUCCUUCCCUGGGCGGCGGUGGCUGGGCACUCACCCCAAGAAGGAGCCCAUGGAGGCGCUGAACACGGCGCAAGGGGCGCGGGAUUUCAUCUACAGCCUCCACUCCACCGAGAGGAGCUGCCUCCUGAGGGAGCUGCACCGCUUCGAGUCCAUCGCCAUCGCCCAAGAGAAACUGGAGGUUGCACCACCAUCUACUGGACAGCUGAAGCACGUGUUCUUCCACAAUGCAGUACCUUUUGUAGGAUUUGGAUUUUUUGAUAAUGCAAUUAUGAUUGCUGCGGGCACGCAAAUAGAACUGUCGAUAGGGAUUGUGCUUGGAAUUUCGACUAUGGCAGCUGCUGCCCUAGGCAAUCUUGUGUCGGACUUAGCUGGAUUGGGGCUUGCAGGUUAUAUUGAAGCAAUGGCCUCUAGAUUGGGGCUCUCCAUUCCUGAUUUAACACCCAAACAAGCUGACAUGUGGCAAACACGUCUUAGUGCACACUUGGGUAAGGCUAUUGGAGUGACCAUUGGCUGCCUUUUAGGAAUGUUUCCAUUGUUCUUCUUUGGCGAUGAAGAAGAAAAAAAACUGGAAGGAAAAAAAUAACCUUUUUACAAAGCUCUCUAUAUAAACUAAUGUACCUCAGUUAUACAACUAUGCUGUCAAAAUAUUUAGGAUUUAGCAGACAGUAAACAAUGUAUAGAAUGGGGAACAAAACAGCAUGCCCUUUUAUGGAAACACUAACUUAUUGUGGCUUUGUCUUAGUACAUCUUUUUAUAAGGGGGUUUCAUUUUUAAAAUGUAAAUUGUUGUGUGUGUUUCCCUUACACUGGCAGUUGACUUUUGCCAUCUCUUUGCCCCCCACCCCUCCCAGCCCCAGUUCUCUCUAUUAGGAUUAUUACUUUAAUUGCCUGCCAUCAGUGUCCUGUAUGGGUUUUGGGUUUGCAUAUUUAAUUAGCAUUUGGAAAUGCAUGACACAAGUUGCCCAUGGUGCUCGCUCAUUAGACCUUCCAUUCCAGACUUCUUAUGUAGCUCGGCGACAGAUGACUUUAGGAGUGCCUUGACUCUUUUGCUGCAUUUAUUGGUCCUGAACUCUGGUUUCAAAUUGUGUGCUCGAAACACAAAAGUAUUGUUUGAAAUAGUAUCUGGAUAUUUUCUGAUGGAUGAUGCAAUUAUAGAGACUGUGUGAAGCCACUUACACAUUUUUUUCAGACUUUGUUAUGCUGUCUCCAUCCCAUAAUUGCAUAAAUGCAAUGGGUGAGAACUCCAGAGACCUAAAAAUUGGCAUCGAAAUAGUUUGCAUGCAACACAAUUAGUGUAUGAUUUGGAAAUGAUGAAUUGUUCAACAGUUAGAAUCAGAAAGCUGUAGAAAACGUUUAUCUGGGGAUUCAUAACAGUCUCUGUACAUGGAUUUCUAAUGCUUUACACUGUCUACACCCAAUUAUGUGUGCAGUAUUUUUUGAAAAUUAGACUUAGUUGGCAUGCUUGUGCUGCCAUCUUUAUUUGAUUCUCAAAAAACAGAAACAAAUGUUCCUCUAUCUUCUUGGAUUUGAAGCAUUGGGGACGACGACCCAUCAAAGCUAAGAUUUUUGAAGACAGUGUUGGUUUAUGUAGUACUGCUUCUACUUGUUGACUGCAGGUGAAUUAAAAGCAGUAUAUAAUGCAAUGUGACAUACAGAGAGUAAGACUUAGAUGAGAGUGAAGGAAAGUGCAAGAUAAAAUAAAACCAAGACAUAAUUGUUUCCAAAACAUGUUGUUCAGUGUGAAACAAAUUUCAAUGUGCCACCUUUGAACCUUUUUUGCUUUAGGAAUUGAGAAGUAGUAAUGUUAGUAUCCUUGUCUCUUUGAAUACUAACUGGGGAGGGAUGCUGGUUUGGAUUGGUCUCAGAGAGCUUUUGUUUUGGUCUGGGUAAGUAGAUCUUACAUGAAGAAUGUAACCUACAAAAAUAAACUUGUUUACUUUUUGUUUAUUAGAAAGACAUAA